UUCGACUUUCGAGUUUUAUACAAAAUUGCACUAAUGACGGUUGGCUGUCGUCGCUCGUUUGUCUAGUAAUUAAUUUGUUUUAUUUUUUUCUUUCGAUUUUUAAUCUCCUGCUGUGAAAAAUUAUAAAAAAAGAAAACACAACUCCCUGCUAAAUAUAGUAUUUUCUUUUCUUUAUUAAAAAUAUACACAAACUUGUUGCCAUUCUAAAGAAGUUAUCCUUUGUUUUGUUAGGGUAAAAUUCUUGCAAUUGAUUUAAACUAGAUUUGUUGUAAAGAAAAAAAGAUAGAACGCCAUAACAAGUGAGUCAAAAAAGCCCGUUGAUUGAAAUUAAAGUAUUUUUGUCUCGCAAGUCGCGACUUCCUGUUAUUUCGUAACUUUUUUUUCGAAAAAUUCUACGCAAUUAUUAAUUUUGUUCAUUGCACAAUAGUUGCAGUUUGCAGCAUUCACUGGAACCCAUAGCAUGACAAUUCCAUCACGUCCCGCACCUCCUCCACCAUCGAGCAUUGGAAAUAACAAUAAUAAUUUAUCACAAUACCAACGACAACAGCAAAAUGGGGGCGUCGUACCUAAGUUGACAAUAAAACUCCCACCUCCGCCUACAAAAGGCGUCAACAAAGGUGGUAUACAAAAUAAUUACGCAUCCACCUCAUCAAUAUAUCGGAGCAAUAGUAACAAUUCCCUAACGUCUAAUGGCACAAAUUCUUCGUCAAUUACAAGAAAAUUUCCUGCGGCCAACGUUCGAUAUGCACCAACAACAAACUGGGAUGGAUCACCUUUUGAACCGAUGAUGGUCAAUGGGAAAAAAGCACCUCCACCAAGGCCGCCACCACCCAAAAGACCACCACCACCGAAAAUAAAUAAUGGUCAUACAACACCACCAACUCAAUCGGUUAAUAUUCUAUCGAAUAUAUUUGGGCGUAAAAAAUCAACCAAAGCACCAAAAAGGCCAUCUCAGAGACCAGAUGCCACUGCUAACUCACAUUCUAGCUCUUUUUACGGCAACAACUCAGGUCAAUCGCACUCAAAUUCCUUGUAUUCAUUUCCCCCAACAACAUUUGCACCACCAGCAUCGUCUGAGACCACAAAUGUCCAAUUGAUCAGUUUUGAUUCACCACCCAGUUCUCCGACAUUUACACAAAAGUCAAAUAGUGAUUGUGUUUCUGUUGAUAGUUUUAGUUCGGAUUCGAAUUUUAGUUCGCCAAACAAUGGAAGUGUAUCGCAACCAGAAUCAGGAUUCGAAGAUGAUUUUAGCAGCAGUCGUGCCACAACAAGUCCCCUCGAUCCGUGGGAUGCCUUCAGUGGGGGUAGUAGCGAAAUAAGUAGUUGUUAUUCCAGUCUAGGAAGUGCUCCAGUUCGAAAUUACAGUGUGGCCACAAAUAGAAUACAACAGAACACCGAUAAUCAAUUGUGUAAUGGAAAGAGUUUGCUUCCGCCACCUACAACUCUACACAUGCCCACUAUUAUAAAACCGAAAAUCUCUCAAAAACCUAAAGCACCAAAACCACCAACGUUGGAACAGGCACGAUAUAAUCUUGCUGUAGGUGCAAAACAGUCAAUAAUAAGUGAAGAUCCUAGUACGCCACCUUCACCACCAAUGCCAAAUUGUCCACCACCACCACCUCCACCAGGUGGAGUGAGUAUCCUGGAUGUAAUCAAAGGUGGAGCAGAUGCAUUGAGCUUAGGAACUUAUUAUGAUGAUAGUGAAAAUGAACAAGCAUACGGUAUUGCUCUUUAUGAAUUCGAUGGUGCAGUCGAAGGUGAUCUUAGUUUUAGGGAAAACGAAAAAAUCUACAUUUUGGAAAAACUCAACGAUGAAUGGUUGAGAGGUCGUAACCGAAGCGGCUGUGAAGGAAUAUUUCCAACAAACUACAUUGAAAUCAAAGUACCCCUUAAAGAUUAUACUGAAGUUUCAAGGACAACCACAACGACAUCUUCUCUUUCAACUACUUCUUUUUCACUGAGCAAUUCCUCAUCGUCAUCAUACACUCAAAGCUAUAAUCAUCAUCAGGAGAAGAAAGAAGUAAUAAACAGCUUUAGCAGCAGCAAUGCUAAGGCACCAAUAAAGAAUUCAAACAAUAAUCAAACAAAUCAAGUACGGUGUCUGUAUACUUUCGAUGCUGGUGAACCUGGAGAUUUAGUAUUUCAGGAGAACGAUUACAUCACUGUUUUAUAUAGAAUAAACGAAGACUGGCUCUUUGGAGAAUCCUCUGAUGGAAGACAGGGCCAAUUUCCGGCUAAUUUUCUUGAAUACAUACCCGAAAACAUACCAAUGCCUUAAGUUCUUUAUAUAAAGCGUGAAUGAAUUGAAGCUUAACCUUUUUUUUGAUAACAAUUUAUACAUUUAUAAAACAAACAGUAAACAUUUUCUAUAAAAGUAUAAUUUAUAUAUAUUUUUAUAUCGAGAAGUUAAACUAUAAGAAAAGAAAAAAUGAUGAUAUGGUGGAAGUGGAAAAGGCACUGCAGAAGGACGUUGCGAUAAGAACGUGCUAUAAUCACAACUGAAAGUAGCUUUUGAUAAAUUAUAAAACAAUUAAUAUUUCUCAUAAUAAUCUUAACCGUUUAUACAUACAUAUACUUACAGAAAUAAACAAAGUUCUAAUUUACAAUUAAAAAAAAACAUAAACUUAAGUUGUGUAUGAUGUGUUUUUUGUAUCUCGUAAUUUUGUAUUUGUUUGUUGAGAGAGGGCCUGAUGAGAGAUUUCAGUAUUUAUUAUUUGUAUUGUUAUUUUCUCAUUGUACAUUUUUUUUUAUUUUUAUGAAUGAAUUGAAAUCUGAAAUGAGUUGAAUGCUGAGAUUUUUUUGUUUGUUUGUCAAUUAAAUUAAACUACUAAUAAUAAGGUAUUCUCACGUGUUUGCUAUAAUAUUGCUCAUACAAAUAACGAUAAUAAAGUUUAUACCUAUAAAUAAAUUAUGAAUAGCUUUUGAUUCUUAUGUUUCUUUAAAAGCAAAAGUUAAAUACGUUUAUAGAUUUAUGAAUUGAAAGAGAAAUACUUGUUCACAUUCAAUAUAAAUAUUGUUAUAAUUUUUUUUUUGCUUUUAUUUGUUAUAUUUAUUAUUAUUAUUAUAUUACAAUUAAAUGUCUUAAGAACAUACACAAACUAAAAAUUAAGUAUUGUAAGUUGAUAGAAAUUCUUUCUUCUUUACUACUCUGUCCUAACUUAAGUGAUAAAAAAUAAAUUAAAAUACGAAAUUAUUA